GUCUCCGGCGUAUCUUCAAGUAGCCAGUCGAAUGUCAAGUAAGAUUGUCCCUUGAAUUCUAUUUAGGUACAAACCACACUCCACUGCGCGCACUCGGCGGGAGGCAUUCAGUGUGUGUUUACGUAUUUUCAACAAACUUACAAAAUGAAAGUCGACGUAAAAUACACUAAGUUAUUCAUCAACAACGAGUGGGUGGAUGCUGUCAGCAAGAAGACCUUCCCCACCAUCAACCCUCAGGAUGAGAGCGUCAUCACUCAGGUUGCCGAAGGUGACAAGGCUGACAUAGACGUAGCAGUUGCAGCUGCAAAGAAAGCUUUUCACCGCUACUCCGAAUGGCGUCUCUUGGAUGCCUCCGAAAGAGGUCGCCUCCUGCUGAAACUGGCUGACCUCGUCGACAGAGACGUCCAGUACCUUGCUGAACUGGAGACUCUGGACAAUGGGAAACCAGUUAAGAACGCCGUUGGUGAAAUAAGCUGGGCAGCAAACAUUAUCAGAUAUUACGCGGGGAAAGCUGAUAAAAUUCUGGGGAACACCAUUCCAGCAGAUGGAGAAGUAAUGUCAUUCACACUGAAGGAGCCGGUGGGUGUCUGUGGACAAAUUCUGCCAUGGAACUACCCCAUUCCUAUGUUCAUAUGGAAGAUUGCCCCCGCUUUAGCUGCCGGAUGUACAACAGUGGUAAAGCCAGCGGAGCAGACUCCCCUAACGGCUCUCGCCAUGGCUGCCCUGGUCAAGGAGGCUGGCUUCCCACCAGGAGUUGUCAAUGUUGUCCCUGGGUACGGACCGACUGCCGGCGGUGCGCUCACGCACCACCCUGAUGUCGACAAAGUGGCGUUCACAGGAUCUACAGAGAUUGGUCGUGUCAUCAUGAAGGCCGCCGCUGAAGUCAACCUCAAACGUGUCACUCUCGAGCUCGGAGGCAAGAGUCCACUGGUCAUCUUCAAUGAUGCUGACGUGGAAAAGGCUGCAUUGCUGGCUCACAGAGCUGCAUUCGCCAACGCCGGGCAAUGCUGUGUGGCCGGGACCAGGACAUAUGUGCAAUCAGGAAUCUACGACAAAUUCGUCGCUAAAGCCGCCGAAAUCGCUAAAAAGCGAUCUGUCGGCAACCCGUACCAGGACGUCGACCAAGGCCCUCAGAUAGACAAAGAGAUGUACGACAAAGUGAUGGGUUACAUUGAAUCCGGCAAGAAGACAGCCAGGUGUGUCGCUGGAGGUGCACGCUAUGGCACUGCUGGUUUCUUCAUCCAGCCCACAGUGUUUGCUGAUGUCAAGGACGACAUGAAGAUCGCCAGAGAAGAAAUCUUCGGGCCUGUCCAAAGCAUCUUGAAGUUCGAAACGUUCGAAGAGAUCGUGGACCGCGCCAACGACUCCAACUACGGCCUGGGAGCCGGCGUGGUCACCAACGACAUCGCCACAGCUCUCGCUUUCGUCAAACACGUCAGGGCUGGUUCUAUGUGGGUCAACACUUACGAGCACGUGGCAGUUCAGACUCCAUUCGGAGGAUUCAAGGAAUCUGGCAUCGGACGCGAGUUGGGUGAAGACGGCAUCCAGCAAUACUUGGAAAAUAAGACUGUGACCAUCAAUCUGCCAAAGAAACCCUUGAUUUAAACAACCCGGAGCCAAACAACAGUUAACCAAAGCAUUUAUUUACUUAUUAACAUUUAAAAUUAUUUUUGUACUUUUAAUGUCCCAAAUAAAAUUAUCGCCACGUUUUUAAUACUUA